AUGGGCACGGACAUGCAGCGUGCUAACCCGAAGCAUCGAUUCCCAUCCCUCUCCGAUAAUGAGACAAAUAACACGACCGCUAGCGACGCCGGCAGCAUCAGCCAUGCAAGCAUCACGAGUGCCACCAGCAGCAUCACUACCAGUGAUACCAGCUGCGCCACCCCAAGCGUCACCAGCAGUAUCGAUACUAAGGAGGAUGGCGGCCCAGCCCAUAAGCGCUUCAAGCAACUGUACGACGGCUUGCUCAUGCUCGAGCCACCUUCCGAUGCCAAGGCGGACGCCGCUAACAAGCCGGUCUUCCCGGAUGAUGAGGAUGAGGGCAAGCCGCUGCCGCCGCUUCCAUCCAGGAAGGACUGA